GGCGAUCGCUUUAAAUCCUCCCUCCUGCAAACCCCGACUGCAGAAUCACACAUUUUUACCUCUCCUCUCCUGGGCGAACGGGAUCAGACUGCAGUUUUCUUAAUUAUGACUCCUUGAAUUUUUUGUUCCUUUUGAUAAAACAGGGAAACUUCUUCAAGGUCUGCAAGAAAGAACUGAACUGCCAGUUAGUUUUGAAACAUCGUAUCAUUUAUAUGAACUUUUGAUGAAGAUUUUCCUGAAAUUAUAAGAUGAAGAAAGGAAACUUGUUUGUGGCUUCCAUGUUCCUGCUCCAGAGCUGUGAGUCUUUGCUUCCGAUUGCUAGCUUUGAAAAUGGAGAGGAUCACGGAGAUGAUACAGGCAUGGCUUUAUACCCCUUGAAGAUCUCCCAUUCAAGCUGCGCUUUGAAGGCUGAUGGAGGGCCUUGCAGAGCAAUGCUCAGGAGAUAUUUCUUCAACAUUUCAUCACGGAAGUGUGAAGAAUUUGAAUACGGAGGAUGCGGAGGCAAUGAGAACAAAUUUCUCAUGUUGGAAGACUGCCAGAAGAAGUGCAUUUCAGAAUAUUCACCGAGGACAAAAGGACUAAAAGAAAAACCCGAAUUUUGCUAUUUGGAGGAAGAUGUUGGAAUUUGUCGAGGAUUAAUUUCCAGGUAUUUUUAUAACAAUCAAUCAAAACAGUGUGAAGAAUUCAAGUAUGGUGGGUGCCUAGGAAAUGAAAACAACUUCGAAUCACUGGAAGAAUGCAAGAGAACCUGCGGAGAUGGAUUGGAUUCACUGCAAGUUGACAAAGAAGAAAUUCAGCCUGAUAUAAUAGUUAAACCCAGUCAGUUACCAAGCGAUUUUGAAUUCUCCAGCCCUUCUUGGUGCAGGACUCCGGCAGAGAGAGGUUUGUGCCGUGCAAAUGAGAAGAGAUUCUUCUACAACGCAGUUAUUGGAAGAUGCCAUCCAUUUAACUACAGUGGAUGCGGAGGGAAUGAAAAUAAUUUCACCACCAGAAAAGCAUGUCUCCAGAACUGUAAGAAAGGUUUUAAUAGAAAAGUAAAAGGCGGUUUAAUCAAAACCAAACGAAAGAGAAAGAAGCUGCCAGUGAAAAUAACGUAUGAAAAAAUCCUCAUUGGAAAGAUAUAAUUUAUAAAAGAAUAUGAAACACAUGCUACUGCAUCACUGACGUUUUACAGUGAUGCGUCUUUUUCAGCCAGGGAUGUCUAUUUCUAAUAUUUUCAUUUCAUAGUAGCUUGGGGCAAAUGUAAUUGUGUUUUUAAGGUUUUUUUAAAGUUUUAAAUAUCUUUUCUGUUAAACAUGUGUUACCCACGCAUAUUGUAACAUCUUCUUAAUUACAUUAAAAUAUUUCAUUUUCCCGUAACAGUCAA